AUGGAGUACGCUUCGCAGCCAUCUCCAUUUUUCUACUAUAAUCCAGAGCCCGCCCAUGACAACCGACAGAUGCACGGCCACUCACAGUUCAUGGCCCACCAGCAGCCCCACGGACUCCCCAUGGCUGUACUCGCAUCGAGCCCGGAGCAUAUGAUGCAAUUCCAACACCCCGCAUACAGACCACAUUCCGCUGGCUCGCACUUUGUCCACCACCCGCAGCCACAGCCCAUGUAUUCAUUACCACCGGCGAUACUCACACCAGAUGCCUCCCCUCGCCAACAGCUUAAGCCGGUCUACUAUGCCCAGCAGCAAGAUUUGCAACUCUUGCCAAUCGAAACCGAGUUCCAUCAGCACUAUCCCGGAACACCCACGCUCUCUGCUUCGGGGUCUUUCAGCUCUGCAUCGACGCCACCUUCGAGCGUGGAAUUCCACGCACCCGCCAGUGGACUUUACAUCCCUAAACAGCACAUGAUCCAGUAUCCCGCAGUGAAGCAGGGCUGUGAAGAGGAGGUCCUUCAAGAGGUUCUUGCUGGUGGAGACUGGACACGUCCCGGUUCACCUCCAAUGACCCCCGUCUUCCUGCACAAUAACUCCAUCUCAGCGGCCAGUGAUAGCACAUAUGGGUUUGACACUCGUCACAACUCGACACAUAUUUCGCCAUCGCCAUCUCCCGUGCCCCGCUCCGCCGCUUCUGAUCAGGAAGUUUGCGAUCCCCGCAAUCUGAGCAUUGGCAGCUCGGAAUUCCACGCCAACACACAUCACUGCAGCGGGCAGYACGAACACAAGGCUCCGGUCAAGCAAGAGGCGCAUGUGCACAUUGUUCAGCCUGCUGAAUUGGUUGGAUACCCCACAUUCGAGCCAUUUUUCGAAUUGGACGAUGUUGACGAUUUUUCCGGGGGUCCAAAUGCUUACUCAUCAGCUCCUGAAGUCCACUUCAACGGAGCGAAGCGACAACGUCUCGACCUCCAACACGGAUUUGUCGAAGACGACGGAUUCUUCAGCGAAGAAAGUUUCAGCGACGAGGACGAAAUGGUUGCCGCUGCCCGCGGAUACUCGCCUCCCAUGUCCGACUUCUCCGGGCCCGACGCCUCCGAGUCCGCGCAGACCAAAUCCAAGCGCAGGGGCUCAUCGAAAAAGGGGGAGCUGUCCUACGACGCCUCGGAAGCCAACAACCAACAGCAACACGCCUCGAACGCGCCGGCAUCCACCGCGCACAGCUCCAACUCCGACGCUGACGCCGACGCUAGCGAGUCCGCUGCCGCAACUCCCGCUCCGAGCGGCGCCGUCUCGCGUCGCGGUCGCAAGCAGUCCUUGACUGACGAUCCCUCCAAGACUUUCGUGUGCACCCUAUGCAGUCGUCGUUUCCGUCGGCAGGAACACCUCAAGCGUCACUACCGCUCCCUUCACACGCACGACAAGCCCUUCGAGUGCACCGACUGCGGCAAGAAGUUCUCUCGCUCCGACAAUCUCUCUCAGCAUCAGCGCACCCACGGUGCUGGCACUAUGGUUAUGGGUGUUUUGCAGCCUGGCGACGCGGCCAUGCCGCCACCAAUCGAAUCUGUCAACAGCGGUGAGGCAGGUACCAUCCUCCGUCCCAAGCAAGAGCAGCAGCCAUACCCACCGCCUCAGUCGCAGACACAGCCAUACCCGCCCCAGUUGUCGCAACAAAUGCCACAGCAACACCGUCUCAGUCCCGACGCUGGCGAACUUGGUGCCAUGCUCUUCGACGUCACCGCUCAAGUGUCUGGAUCCAGCUCAAGCAACGCCAGCUACUCCGACAAUGACUUCGACGAUGACCGCAAGCCAGCGAAGAAGAGGAAGCGUGAGGAGUAA